AACACUGCGCUUGGUCAGACUACAUUAGCCACAACAGGUGCCGGCAGUGACCAGAUGUGCGUUUGCCUGGCCCCACAAUGCCUCAGGGGUCGAGACUGCUGUUAUACAUUUGCUGCACGCUCAUCUUCUCAAAGGCUGUUGUUGGCUCACCGCAGGAGGCGUUCGACAAUGAUUAUGAGGAGGAAGAGCGUCUCUCGAGAGCUGGAGCGGCAGUCCCGCCUGUGCUCAGUGAGAGGGCAGAGAGCUUCACCGCUGCUGGAGGUACCACAGAGAUGACCGAUACUACCACAAGUCACAUAAAUAAAGCAGAAGCCGCAUCUGUGACACCAAGUGGAAGAGACGAGCCACGCUCAGAUAUCAAUCCCAUAUUAGCGGGAACAUCAACUGCAGGCGGAACGUCGCAGACAUCGUCAACUGGAACCACUACACCAAGUGCGACGAAAUCCGAUCUUGCAAGUGAUUCAACCGCAGCUUCAACAACAGGUGGUUCGUCUGGUGCCAGUACCCGUCCCCCUUCAAUCACGACGAGUGGCACAAUAAGUACAACUGCAAUGUCUCAGAACACCAGAACUACUGAAAACCCUAAGACAACAAGCACCGAAACUACUACACAAAGUGCAACGACAUCCGACCUGUCAAGUACUUCAACCGCUCCAGAGACGGGUGGUCCGUCUGACGCUAGUACUCGUCCCCCUUCAACCACGACGAGUGGCACAAUAAGUACAACUGCAAUGUCUCAGAACACCAGAACUACUGAAAACCCUAAGACAACAAGAACCGAAACUACUACACAAAGUGCAACGACAUCCCAUCUUUCAAGUACUUCAACCGCUGCAGAGACAGGUGGUCCGUCUGAUGCUAGUACUCGCGCCCCUUCAACCACAAUGAGUGGCACCACAAGUACCACUCCCCCAAACACUCCGAUGUCUCAGACGACCACCGCUCGAGUAAGUGACGUUACGCAAUCAACCAGCACAACUGAAAACCCUAAGACAACGAGCACCACAAUCGACGUGAAGCCAACAAGUACACCGUCUCCCACAACCACCGAUCAACCCUCUACAAGAAAGGGCAGUGAAGAGCCUACAACCUACCCCUCGACAUCUGAGAUGACUUCAUCUCGAACAACGCCACGGGAGACAACUUCCUCUGGAACGAUAACUACUACACAAGUGCAAACCACGACGGAAGAGGUUACGACACAGGAUGGCCAGACGACAGUUCCUUACCUUUCAACUACUGAAUCGUCCAGCGUAAUUCCCACGUCAACAACUCUCCGACAAACCACGUACUCGGGCGCGCCACAUAUAUCUACUGAGGACAGCUCCGACGACGGACACCAUGCCACAUCAACGCCAAGUGGUAACCCAACUACUACGAGGCACGACAAUGAGACAACGACACCGGCCAGUAACACAACGGACGACGAUGAAGGCGGUCGAGGUGACGACGAGGUUACUACGGUGCACCCUUUAGAUCCAACAGAACAUCCACCACGUCCUCCGCCGCCGGUAUACCCAGAGCCACCUCCGCCGCUACCGAAUUAUCCCCCUGGUGCCAUAUAUCCCGGUCCUGUGUAUCCUGUUGGGCCACACGUACCACCUAACCCCGCCGUAUACCCGCAGCCGCCGUACAUCAGUCCAGGCCCACCUCACUACCCACCACCACCACCACACCGUCCCCCAUAUUAUCGUCCGCCGUAUUACUACCCUGCACCACCAAAUCCACCUUACCACCCUCCGUCGCUGCCUCACUACUACCCUCCGCCGCAGAAUUACCCCCCGCAUCCCCAUCACGUCCCACCUCCGCACUACAAUCCAUCAGCCUCCCAUUACUACCCCCCAACUCCCAACGAAAUACCACCGCUUCCCCACUACAAUCCCUCACAACCCCAAUACUAUCCCCCACCUUCUAUACACAAACCGUCGCACCCUAGUUACAAUCCCUCACCGUCCCACUACGACCAUCCCCCUUCCGGUCUUCCUCAUCCGCCUCCUCCACAUUACUACCCCUCACCAGCGAAUCACUACCCGUCACCGUCCAACAAUAAACCAUCACCUCCCCAUUACAAUCCCUCACCAGCUCACCACGAUCAUCUGCCUCCUCAUUACAGCCCCUCGUCAUCUCCCUACUAUCACCCUCCUGCCAAUUCACCGCCUCACGUGUAUAAUCCAUCACCAUCUCACUACAACCAUCCGCCUUCUGACACUCAUCCACCGUCUCCUUACUACCACCACCCACCUCAUAAUUACAAUUCCCUUCCUUCCAAUCACAACAGCACGGGUCUCCACUAUAACCCGCAACUGCAACACCACGAUAACCCACCGCAUAGCAACAAACCAUCAGUACAGCACUACGAUUCCUUACCACCACCACCUUCAGCUUCCGUUCACAACCCAUCGUCUCCCCACUAUAUUUCCUCAGCUACCCACCACGACAUUUCGCCUAUUCACUACAACCCCCCGUCAACGCAUUACAAGCCUUCGGCCCCGCACCAGCACAGCCAGUACUCUGGUCCACCUCCUCCAAUCCCCCACGUUGAAUAUUCAACAGAAAACCCGCAUGCCCAACACCAAGCACCGUCGGGAGCUCCCCUUGGACAAAACGAGCACGGACAACAAGGAGAUGCCUACUCUUCCCCGUGUAAUCAUAUAAAGUGCCCCACUGGAACUCGUUGCUUUGUGAGGAUCGACUGCUACGAGCCCGGGCCUUGCAGACGCGUCCCAACAUGUUCACGAUCAGGAUCGCAAGGAUACAAGUAAAAUGAGGAACGUGUUUGCAGAAAAGAUGAUUUAUGUAAUCAACAGUGCGAGAUUCCAGAAUUUUUAAUAAAUACUUUAUAUGUGUAGCG